AUGGAUAGAAUUCUUGUUUGGAAUGUUAGAGGGAUUAAUAGCCAGCUCAAGCAUAGAGAAAUCAGGCAGCUGGUUUAUUCAAAAAAGGUUGGUCUUGUUAGUCUUCUUGAAACUAAAGUUAAGAAUAAAAGUAUGGGAGAUCUUUAUAUGAGUUUGUUUCCUGGAUGGUGCUUUACAAAUAAUAACCCUUGGUUGGAUAAAGGGAGGAUAAUAAUUGCUUGGAACCCUUCUAUAUUUUCCUUAGAUAUUAGGAAGUGUACAAGCCAAUUGAUUCACUGUAUUGCUCAAACUUGUCAAAAUUCAAAGGAGUUUCAUAUAACCUUUGUUUAUGGUUUCAAUGAAGUUCGAGGUAGAGAAGCUUUGUGGCUGGAUUUAAAAGACCUCAAGUCUAAUAUAGAUGAGCCAUGGAUGAUAGUAGGAGAUUUUAAUGAGAUUUUGAACUAUGAUGAAAGAGCUGGUAGUAAGAACCAUAAAAAGCCUUCCGAAAGUUUCAAGGAGUGUGUGAUGUAUUGUCAAAUGGAGGACCUUAAAUUUUCAGGAAGUUUCUUCACUUGGAAUAAUAAACAGAAGCCUGAAGAGAGAAUUUUCUCUAAGAUAGAUCAUGCUUUGGUGAAUCUGAAAUGGACGGACUCCUUUUCAAAUUCAGAGGUGGUCUUUCUGCCGGAAGGGGAGUUUGAUCACUGUCCUAUUUUGAUCUCUUUCUAUCAAGAUGUUAGUACUGGGAAGAAACCUUUUAGAUAUUUUAGCAUGUGGAAAACAGCUCAGAGUUAUAAGGCAGAGGUUGGACAAAGCUGGCAGACCCCCAUUGCUGGUACUCUUAUGUAUCAGUUGGUGGGAAGACUGAAAAGGCUGAAGAGUGUUUUUAGAGCUAUUAACAGGGAGGGAUUCAAUGAGAUACACAAGGUUGUUAUUCAAGCCAAGCAAGAGAUGUUAGAUAUUCAAGAAGACCUGAAUAAGGACCCAUGA